AAAAAAAAAAGAUAUAUCAACAUCAGCAAAUAUCAUUUUUUACUAAAUCAACAUAACGACAAACAUUUAAUAUGUAUAGUAGGUAAAUGAAAACAGGGAUCCAUCGUAUGUUAGAAGCUGCUUUGAAAAAUGUAUUACUAAUAGUUUUAUAAAUAAAGCAGAUUAAUAAGUCCAAGACCUCAUUAUAAGUCUUACUUAAUUGACAUAAUUAAUACAUAAAAAACUUAAAAUAUAGUCUGUUAGGAACAACUAAAUGUAAACAGAUGCAUGGCCUUUUGAAUGCAUUACAUAAAUGUCAAUAUCUUAUGUAAACGCAAAUUAAACUUUACACGAAGUCAUUAUAAAUAUAUAUAUAGAGAGAUGAUGUAUUAGCUUAUAAUCUCUCUAUAUAUAUUUAUUGUCCAACGAUUGAUGAUAUAAUUCUGAAUUGGCCAAAACACAUUUUGAGUGAUAUACGUACAUUUUCAUGAUGAUGAGCAGAUCAAGAGUACCACAAAUGGUCGUGCUUUUUCUGCUUUUGAUUAUUAUCUCGAUAGUAGUAAAUUCAGGAGCAGUUGGAGAGCCAAAAAUCAGAUGCAAUGAAGCCGAAAGAUUAGCUUUGUUAACAAUCAAAGACCAUCUUUACGACCAUGAAGAUGGGGAUGUUCUUUCCUCUUGGGGAGAAGAAGAAGAGAGAAGAGAGUGUUGUGAAUGGAUUGGGAUUAAGUGCAACAACAACAGCAACAAUCAUCAUGUUACCAAACUUGAUCUUUCUCCUUCAACUUUUGAUAGUUUUCGCCUUCUAGGAGGUAAUAUCAGCUCUUCAUUGCUUGACUUAAAGUACUUAAAUCAUCUGGACUUGAGUAGCAUCCACUUUGGUGAGAAUUCCAUUCCAACUUUCAUUGGCAGUCUCAGCAAACUAAGGUAUCUCAAUCUCUCUUCUACUGGACUAAGUGGAGAAAUUCCUCCUCAGCUUGGAAACCUUUCCAGCUUGGAGGUUUUAGAUCUUUCUGGUUCUUUUCAUAGCUUAAAGGUGAAAACUUUGAAUUGGGUUUUGAAUCUUUCUUCUUUAAGAGUACUUGAUCUUAGCAACACUAACAUGAGCUUAGCCAAUGAUUGGGUGCAUGUAGUCAAUAAUCUUCCUCACUUGACAAACUUGAUACUGUCAUUUUGUUAUCUUCCCAAUGUGGCUCUUCCUCAAUCAUCUGCUAUUUCCCAUUUUAACUCUUCAAAAGAUCUUAGAGUCAUUGAUUUUUCUGCAAAUUCACUAAUGUCCGAGUCUAUAUUCCCAUGGUUGUUUAAUUAUAGUCGUAGCCUUGUUCAUCUUGACCUCUCUUUUUGCGAAUCAAGAGGUGUCAUUCCAAAUGGUUUUGAAAAUAUGGCUUCCCUUACAUAUCUUGAUCUCACUUCCAAUGAUUUAGUUGGAAUCAUUCCAGAAUCAUUUGGGAAUUUGAUUUCCCUUACAUAUCUAAGUCUUCAAUUUAAUCACUUAGAUGGGUUCCAUCCCAAAUCUUUCAAGAACAUGACAGCCCUUACACAUCUUGAUCUUAGCUACAAUGACAACUUAAAAGGUUCCAUUCCAGAAGGCUUUGGGAAUAUGGUUUCCCUUACACAUCUUGAUCUUAGCUGGAAUCAAAUAGAGACUCUUAAUCCAAAAUCAUUUGAGAAUAUGACUUCCCUUAAUUAUCUUGAUCUUAAUAGAAAUCGACUCAAAGGGUCCAUUCCAGAAAAUUUUGGAAACAUGGCUUCUCUUGAAUACCUGGAUCUUAGUAAUAAUACUCUUGAAGGUGAAAUUCCGAAAUCCAUUUGGAAAAUAUGCAAAUUGCGAGAAAUGAAAGCAUUUGACAAUAGACUUAGUGGGGAGUUGCAUUUUGCUGAUUCACCCUCUAAGGAAUGUGCCAAAUAUUCUUUAGAGUAUUUGAACUUGAAGCAAAAUCACAUCAUGGGACCAUUGCCUGAUUUCACCUUCUAUCCCUCUUUGAUUGACUUAUACCUUUCCUCAAAUAAAUUCAGUAAACUAUCCAAAAGUAUGGGUCAUUUAUCAAAGUUGAAGAUUUUAGAUCUUUCUGAGAACUCUAUCAAAGAUGUUUUAUCAGAAACUCAUUUUUCAAACCUCUUCAACUUAUCUUCUUUGGAUUUAUCAACUAACAUAGAUCUUGCUAUGAAUAUUUCAUUUGAUUGGAUUCCACCUUUUCAGUUGUUCUACGUUCAUCUUGGUUCUUGCAAGUUGGGUCCACAUUUUCCAAAAUGGAUCCAAACUCAGAAUAAGUACUUUGAACUUAAUGUUUCCAACUCAGGAAUUUUAGGUUCUGUUCCAGACUGGUUAUGGGAUUUCAAUCCUUACUUGAGUCUUCUUGAUUUAUCCAAUAACAAAAUCAAUGGAAGUUUUCAUGAUUUUGAGCAAGGAAUCAAUAUCUCCUGGGACGACAGAUCACAUUUUCCUGAUAUAGAUUUGAGUUCAAAUCAGUUUGAAGGCUCAAUACCAAGAUUUUUACUCCAAAUAGCUACUUCACUAAAUCUUUUCAACAACAACUUUUCACAACUGAAUUCUCUUUGUAAUAUCACAGACUCAAAUCAUUUAAUCUUUCUCGAUGUUUCAUAUAACAAAUUGUCUGGUGAGUUACCUGAUUGUUGGUCACAAGCACACUCUUUGAGAAUUCUAGUUUUGGCAAAUAAUGAGCUAUCUGGAAAGAUUCCCAACUCCAUUGGUUUCAUAAACACCAUCAACAUAUUGCAUUUGGGAAAGAACAAUUUGAACUCAGAGUUGCCUUCAUCAAUGAAAAAUUGCACAGAGUUGGUGAUAUUUGAUGUUGGAGAGAACAAAUUGAUGGGGCCAAUACCAGCAUGGAUAGGUACAAGCCUAACAAAGCUUCGUAUUCUUAGUGCAAGGUCCAACAACUUCAAUGGGAGCAUACCUUUACAACUAUGUCAUUUAGAGGAUCUUCAGUUGUUGGACUUGUCCUCAAAUGAUCUCUCUAACCAAGUUCCAAAUUAUCUUGGUAAUAUUACAGCAAUGAAAGAAACUGGGGACCAAAAUGUAGCAAUAAAAUAUCCUUAUUCAGCUACUCGUGGCCGAGCCGGUGUUCCUUUCGAUUUCAACCGUGAAAAUUUGGUGUUGGUAUGGAAAGGAGCAAUCUCUGAGUUCAAAAAUGUUGGACUUUUGAAGAGCAUUGACUUGUCUAGCAAUAAACUUAUUGGGGAGAUUCCUAAAGACAUCACUAAACUUGGUGGACUGAUUUCCUUAAACUUGUCGAGAAACAAUCUAAGUGGACAUAUUCCUCAAGAAAUUGGUGACUUGAAGUCUUUAGAUGUUCUUGAUCUAUCAAAGAACUAUUUUUCUGGACAGAUUCCUUUGAGUCUCUCUCAAGUGGAUAGGCUUAGCACAUUGGAUUUUUCGAGCAAUAAUUUGUCUGGCGAAAUUCCUAAAAGUACUCAACUUCAAUCCCGUGAUGCAGUUGCGUACAUGGGAAAUCCUCAACUUUGUGGAAUUCCACUUCUGACCAAGUGUCCAAAUGAAGAAGAGACAACAACUUAUGAUGAAGCAAUGGAAAAUCAUGAUGGAGAUGAAUUUAUUAGCAAAGGAUUUUACAUAAGCUUAGCACUUGGAAUUGUAGUUGGAUUUUGGGGAUUUUGUGGGACUUUAAUCUUCAACAAGACUUGGAGAUAUGCAUAUUUCAAGCAGUUGAACAACGUUGGAGAGUACUUGGCUCACAUAUCUGCAGUAGCUCUAAAGAAAAAGCUAUUCGAGACUUUUAAAAGCUAGUUGUGGUUGCGUUCGGUUUUAAAGGGUGUACUUAGAGUUUUCUUCAUCAAAUAGUAAGUAACCUGGUUGGUAGUUUGUAAUAUUCUAGAGACCAGUUAACUUGUAAUCUUUUAUUUCUUUCUUUCUUUUGAAGAUUAAUCUGAGUGUUUUGAGUAGCUUGCAUUGUAAAUGUUAUUAUUCAUGUCUAGCAAUGUAUGAUAGCAUAAAUUAUGUAGUUUAUAAUAGAGGAGAGGGGGGCACUAGUUUAUAUAAGUCA